CCAGCUGUUCCAGCAGUGCGUCCGGUUCCACUGGCAGCUCCUGCUCCUGUGAUAGCUUCAGCACCGGUAGUAGCUCCGAUCGCACCUCGAGCUCCAGCUGCUGUGGUAGCUCCAGCCGUUGCAGCAGUUUCAGCGCUAGCUUCAGUAGCUGCUCCACUUGUUCCGGCCCAUAUAUUCCCUUAUACAACGGUUCAAACUUACUAUCAUCCUCGCACAGAACUCAGAAACGUCGUAAAGUCGUUUGCUAAGAAUUCCGGCCACAUGGCCAAAACCGAUCUAUUAUCCAAUAUCGGUCAUCUCCCUCUCAACCUGCCUUUCUUCGGCCAUCUUGCGGAAGCGCUGGCUUCUUUGGAGUCAUUGCGAAGAAACAAGAAACUGGCUAUGGAGAAAGCAUUUGGAAUACAUAAGGCGUUCAAUACGAAGAAGAUAGUCUGGUUUUGA